CUUGUCUCUCGUCGCUCGAGUCUGCUAGCCAUAGGUGUGUGUUGUUGUCGAAGCAAUGAUGGCGGCAGCGGGAUGCGGAUCAGCAACCGCGGCUGCCGGAGGAGGCCAAGGUGGAACCGCUACGGCCAGAGGUCGUUUCCCCGGUCGGCCUUGGUCGUCUCGUAGUCGUUUGCGCUCCGAGAAGCGCUGGCAACUCGGGCGCUCGGGUUUAGAAGCUGAUGAUGUGACUUGCGGAGGGCCAAGGCCCGCCAACCUGGUUGUAUCGUUAAACGAAGACCAGUCUCACUUGCGCUUACUUGGAAUAGAGGCAAGCCACAAGACCCUUGGCCAGGCUGGGUACAGCUCUAGUGGGAGUGAAGAGGUGAGGUCCCAAACCGACUCAGGAGGUGAUGACUUCCAAGGUUUUGAAGCUCUCAGAGAAAGCUCUAAAGGAGCGCUAUGGUCUCGGCAAAACCCUUCCAAAGGUAAUGUCAACACAAAAUCAAAACGACAAAGUGCGAAGGUCGUGCCUAUUAUCCCAGCUGAUGAAGCAUCUAUUUGUCCUCCUAACCCUGAUAAAGAUGAACAUUUGGUGGAGGAGAAACACACUGCAUCUUCCAAACCUGAGCCUGUUAAAGGUCCCAGAAAACGAUCGAAAGUUAAGAACACCGCUGAUCAGGAGAUGUCCAAAUGUGGAGUGUUGUCGCCUGCACCAAGGAUUACAAUUAAGUUGGUUGCAAAAAAGAAAAUCAAAACAGUAAAGGAACCUCAUGAAAAGUCUGUCAAGAAGAUGAAGCUGAAAGAAACAGAGCUGAAGCCCCAAGCUGAAAAUAUCCAGGCUGAAAACAUUUCUAGUGCUCAUGUUAAAUUAAAACUUGAGCCACCUGAGGAGGUUGCAGAUGAUAAAGGAGCUGGGACUUUACCUGCAAGAAGACGUGGACGAUCUGCUUCAAAGGGGAUGCUUGGCAAGCCUGUUGCAGUCAUUGUGGCUGAUGAUAAGAAGUCGCAAGCGAGAAAAUCAAUGAAUCAACCUGACAUUAUAAAAGAAACUGUUGAGUCAAAGGCAAUGGCAAAGCAGUCGCCACGUAACCAACAAGCCAUUCGGCGUAGCAAUAGAGUCACCAACUCACUGUCACAACCUGUUUUGGAUGCUGCUGCUGAUCCUGAAAAUCCAAUAAAAAGUGAUACAAUUGUUAAAAAGUCAAAAUUGACCAGAAAAGCUGAGCCAAAACUGUCCGUGAGGAGGGGCAGACAGAGACAAAGUAAAAGAAUAAAUAAGGAUGUUCCAGUCCCAGAAAACCCAAGUCCAUCAUCCACUAAAAUUGAUCCAUUAGCCAUGCAACCCACCAAUAGGUUGCCUUUGAACAUUGAGGGAAGGGUCCCAAGUUUGAAGUUGAGAAAAAUGAGGAACCCCAAAUAUGAUGCACAGUCCAGUGGGAAGUCAGCUCGAAAAAAGAAACGGAAAAAAUUCAUUUGGACUUUAUCCUUGGUUAAGUCAGUGAGUAAGAUCCAGCCUGCUGAAAACACUGUCAAGCUUACAGAGAGUGUUAGAGAGAUUUCUGAAGUGGAUCUGUCCACUCUAAAUGACAGUGUCGAAAAGAGUUUGAUGGGGUUGGAGAAGCCGUUAAAAUUGGACAAUUGGGCCUCACAGGAGAGCACCACAGCAAGCAGUGAAGAAAAAAACUGCCAAAACAAGGCAGGGGGAACAUGCGAGAAAAUGUCUUCUUUACAAGUGGAAGUUACGCAGGACGGAAACGAAAGCUCUCUUCAAGAAGCCACUCAAAUGGAUUGUGGGAAAGUUGUCCCACCUUUUCAAAUAAAAAAACUCUCCUCUCCCGGCAGACAUAAAAAAUCCAAGAUGUCUUUUUUGGUUCAGCAGGUUAGCCCUGUGCCUGAAAAAAAAGAUGAUUCUACUAAAGAAGCGGGCAAAGUUCAAGAGGAUAAGGCCCUAUCUCCGGAGACGGACGUCCUGCCAACCAGGAUACUACGAAGGAGAACAUUAAGCCUUGAUUUGCCUCCCAAAAAGCCGGUCAUUUGUAAGCCUGUCAUGACUCUGCCGAAGCGACGUUUGAGAACGAGUCCACAGGUAGAAAAUGCACCACAGGUGGGUGUUGAAGUACCCGAUCACGUUUUAUCAGAAGAGGCCAGCUCACAAGUUCUCCCUGAAAACAUACAGGAAACGAUUCUAAAAUCCUCGCAAGACUCUUGCACAAUUUCUGAAAGCUUGGAGAAGGAGUCCGCAGACAUAACUGAUGCUCCUAUAGCAGUGCCUGUUGAAGUGCUGCCUGUUGAAGCGUCGCCGCAGAAGUUGGAGAAUGAGGCUGAGCCACAAAUUAAUGAGGCCAAACCAUUGCCAGUGCCUUCUAAACCCAAGAGACGCGACAAUAAUAAAUUAGGGAAAAAGAGGUCUGCGCAAAGGAAAAAGGCUGUUGUACCUAAAGAAAGUGCGGUCAGUACAGAAUUGGUUAUUGUUGAACCUGCAAAUACAGAGUGCCCACAGAAGGAAGACAAGGCUUUAGAAACAGAAGCAAGCCAGCCCGAGGCGAAAGAAAGUGUGGAGCCUGAGGAAAAGGGGGUCACUGUAUCUGUGGAGGAAGAGCCGAAGCAGCUACCAGUUAAAGAGGAAACAGACAUUCACCUGAUAGAUUUUCAGCCGCCCGUGGAUUUGGAGAGUCAAGCAAGUAAUCCAAACACAUUAUGCUUAGAGAAGAAAUCCCACAAGAAAGGAAAAAAGAGGCGUAAAACUCGAAUUGGGCAGCGUCAGAAGCACAAACACAGGAACACCGAUGGAAAGUUUGCUCCUCUUAACUCAUCAGAAAGACAGGGAACAUUUGAAGAGGGCGUUUCCAUCCAAUCAGAAGGUAGUGGUCAAGCCUCCUCUGGUCCUAAACUGGUUGGUGUGCAUAAAAAGUACAAAAAGAGACCUUCUGCCAUCCGGUUAGACCCCAAAAGGCCGCAAACAGAGUCUAUCCUUUCAACAUUGAUUGAAAUUGGGCUUGACAAAGAGGGCAGUGAUUUGAAAGAGGAAGAAACCGACUCAUUCUUGGAUGGGCCACGAGCAGAUGCAGUUGACAUGCCGUCUGGCAAAACAAAGUUUGUCAAAAACAUCAAACACUUCAUCAUGCCUGUUGUAAGUGCUCGAUCCUCUCGAGUGAUCAAGACCCCACAGAGAUUUAUGGAUGAUGUUGGAAUGUCCAUGUUGCCACGUCGAAACUCUCCCAAGAAAGGUUUGCAACUGGGCUUGCAGAUACGCACGGGAAAGAGGCGCGAUGAAGGGAUAGGACCAACUAUUUCACCCGUCCUACCUGUUGAUGAGGAUGACAUAUUGCGAGAAGCUCAACUGGAUCUGGACCUCUUUUCAUCUGAUGAUCUGGAUGAUACGGCAGAUAUCACUGCCAGUCUCUUUUCGGAGUCAAAAAGCAUCAAAAUGGAAAAGAAGAGCUCAUUUGUGAAGGACUCCAGUUUGAAGUGGGAUCUGCCUGCAGAGUUGACGGAGGAAAUUUUUACACUGGACAAAACUACGGAGGACCAAUGCGAGGAUCUGUUUGUAUCUCCCCCAGCUGAAAAACCCAGAGAAGCCUUUUCCGCUGGCCUUUUGGAUGCUGAGAAAAAGACCCCAGCCCUAAAGUUUAAUAAACAAGCCGCCCACUUUAAGAUUUAUCAAAGACUGAACAAGUUGCACAAAGGACUUGCCCAAGGCAAAAGUGCAACAGAUGUGGAAAGUAGCAAAUCUCUUCAGUCGUCUGUAGAUUUAGCUGAAGGACUUGAUGAUGAGGCCAUGAGCAUUAGCCUGAGGCAACGUAACACAGACACUGGUAUAGAAAAAUCCAAGCUCAAGAUAGAAGACUUAGGCACUCCAGGUGUUGUGAGAAAAGUUUGCAUUAAAGCUUCAAAGUCCAAGUCGCUUGCUGAUCGGGACAGUGAAAAAAAGGAUCCAGCAGGGAAGAACACCAUCCAGCUUCACUCAGCUGAGCUGCAGUCCACAGAGGAGUCAGCUGCAUGUGAAGACGACCAUCCUGCGCCUAUGGGAAAAGGAGCUUCACAGAGAGCGCGUCUAACUGGAGCCAAUAAACGAAUGUUCAACCUGCUCAGAAAAGCCAAAGUCCAGCUCAUGAAGAUUGACCAACAGAAACAGAUGAAGUCCUCAGGGCUGUUAUCUGGACCUGCUGGAGUCCGAGCGAGAAAUUUGACCUCGAAGAGACAGAGAAGGAAGCGCAGAGUGCCGCUUGAGCCUGAUGUACCUAUCAAGAUAGAGCCAUCUCAAGGACAACUGCAGCUCAUUUCGCCACUGUGCCAAGAGUUCCGUCAAGCAGGAGGCCCACGCAUCAAACAUGUGUGCCGCGCUGCUUCUGUGGUGCUUGGGCAGCCUCGGGCAUUGGUACCAGAUGACAUUCCCCGGCUCAGCGCUCUACCUCUGCACGAACGAACAGGCAUCUCUCCCUCAGCUAUUGCAAAGGAUGUUGCAGAUGGCUCUCUAUCAGAAUCAGACAGUCCUGAUUUCUCAGAUUCAAAAGUCACGAAGGUCAAGAAGACCUCCAGCUUUGUGAAACGAAAAGGCCUUGGACCUUUUGGGUACCGCUCUCGUAGGUGUGGUGUAUGCAAGGGUUGCAAUCAUGAAGAGGAUUGUGGGAGAUGCAUCAACUGCCUUGACAAACCUAAGUUUGGUGGUCCCAACACCAAACGACAGUGUUGUGUCUACAAGAGAUGUGAUCAAAUUGAAGAGAGGAAAGCCCGAAGACUAAGUGGAAGAACGGCACCCAAAGGUUCGAAACGACAGCGAUCCUCUUUGAGUGGGGAUCAUUCAAGUAAUGAUGAAGGGAUGGAGGGUGUGGUUGACUCGCCUUCUGGCCUCCAGGCAGACAGUAACAGUCCGUCUGUGAGGAAGCAGCCAAAACGUGUUGUAAAGCCGCGGGUCUACAUUGAAAUGGUGGGUUAUGAGUCAGAUCUGGAUGAAAAGGAUCUAAACUCAUCUUCACCAGCCAGAAGGAGAGGCAAUGGGCCUCGUUUGAGUACAGACUUUGUUUCAGUGGAUGGAUUCCCGGGAGAUAUAUCAGAUGAUGAGAUCCGGCAUCGGAAAUCUAGCUCACAUCGAGGGCCAUCUGUUCGACGCAAACCAGAGAAGGGUUUGUCUUCACAGGCUUCGUUUGAGGAGACACCACCAAGUGUCCUGGCUGCUCUAGCCAAUGGUUUUGAGCAGAGGGAGGUUGAGUCUUCAAAACCCACCCAUAAAAUCCGGGUCGACUUCAAGGAGGACUGUACGUUGGAGAAUGUUUGGAACAUGGGCGGUUUAAGUAUACUGACCUCUGCACCCAACAUGCCACCACAUGUAUGCCUACUUUGUGCCAGCAAAGGGCAACAUGAGAUGUUGAAUUGCCAAGUGUGCUGUGAGCCCUUUCACUGGUUUUGCCUCGAAGAGGCAGAGCGCCCCUCUGUGGAAAACAAGGAAAACUGGUGCUGUCGUCACUGCAAGUUUUGCCGUGUGUGUGGCAGGAAAAACAAGCAAUCAAAGCCCUUGUUGGAGUGUGAACGAUGUCAGAACUGCUAUCAUGCUUCCUGUCUUGGACCAAAUUAUCCAAAACAAAACAAGAAGAGGAAAGCUUGGGUUUGUAUGACAUGCAUCAGGUGCAGGAGUUGCGGGGUCACACCGGGGAAGAGCUGGGACAUUGAUUGGAACCACGAUAAAGGACUCUGUCCAGACUGUUCCCAACUCUAUGAACAGGGUAACUAUUGCCCAAUCUGCUUUAAGUGCUAUGAGGACAAUGACUAUGACAGUCAGAUGAUGCAGUGCGGCACAUGUAACCACUGGGUACAUGCCAAGUGUGAGGAUCUAACAGAUGAACUGUAUGAGAUCCUGUCCAGCUUACCAGAGAGUGUGGUGUAUUCAUGUCGGCCAUGCAGUGUGACUCAGCCAAGUGCUUGGAGAGAACUUCUCUACAUCGAGCUCCGAUCUGGAGUAGAGAAGGUUCUUGCCUGCUUGCUGUCUUCCACACUCACCCAGCACCUUGUUACCUGCUCCCAGUGUGAAAAGUUGGUAGGACCUGACAGUGGAAUCGAAGGACGACCCGCCUGUGACCUCCGAGCUGUGGGCAAGAAGUUUGACAAAGGCCUUUAUACAACGUUGAAAAUGUUCCAUGAAGAUGUAGUACAAGUGGUGAGAAAAAGGCUCGAACAAGAAGAAAGCCUUCCAGAAGAGAAAAGACCCACUGCCCUCGCACGCUCAUAUUAUUUAAAGCUGCUUGAAGAGGUCUUCAAUUGGUUCAACAGUCAAGACCCAAAAGUAUGGAACUCGUGUACCAAAACAUUGCCCAUGGGGAUGAUGUCGCAUGCUGUACAUCCUCCUACCAUGGAGCAUGUCUAUGCCCAGUGGCAGGAGAGGGAGGAGCUCCUAUCUAGAACUCCUUUGGAAAUCUUACAGGAUGACAGUGGUCAAAAUUUAGAUGAAAGGAAAGAUGAAGUGGGUCCUCCAAUGUCUGGAGAGCAUUCAAGCUGGAACCACUUCAAAACCAGCAGUGCUUUCCGUCAUAAAUUGAAAGGAAAAAGGGGACGGUUUUCAAAAGCAGAUCUGGACACAGGCUGGUCGAGGGAUGAUGAGAGACAGUGCUCGUUGUGCCAAAAAUAUGGAGACCGUAAGCCCAACGAUGCAGGCAGGUUGUUGUACCUGGGCCAGAAUGAGUGGGCACAUGUCAACUGCUGUCUGUGGUCAGCUGAGGUGUUUGAAGAGGACAAUGGCUCUUUACUACAUGUACACAGUGCCGUCACAAGGGGUCGCUUGAUGCGGUGUGAACGGUGCAACCAGACAGGUGCCACAGUUGGCUGCUGCCUGACUUCUUGUCAGAGCAACUAUCACUUUAUGUGUGCCCGCUCCCGCCACUGUGUAUUCCAGGAUGACAAGAAGGUCUACUGCCACAAACAUAAGCAUCUGAUCAGUGGAAAGGUGAUAACCGGUCAAGAGUUUGAAGUAAACCGACGGGUAUAUGUGGAUUUUGAAGGGAUCAGCCUUCGCAGAAAGUUCUUCACUGGGCUGGAGCCAGAGUUAAUCAAUGUCAUGAUUGGUUCUCUCCAGAUUGAUAAACUUGGUGUCCUGUCGGAACUUUCGGCUAACAAAGGAAAGUUGUUUCCUGUGGGAUUUCAGUGUUCUCGCUGGUACUGGAGCACUAUUAAUCCACUGCAAAAAUGCAAAUAUACGUGCACAGUCCGUGAAGUGCAACCAUUAAUACCAGACAAACCCAUUGAAGAGAUGCCUGACCAAGGAAACAAUCACACCAUCGAGCACAACCCCUGUCCAUCACUGGAAUCUGAGGCCCAAAUGACUGAUACACCAGAAUCACAGGCCCAACCCGAGGAACGUCUUGUUACAGUUCAAUCAACAAAACCGGAUCAUUCAACAAAGCCAAAGAUUCCUAGCUAUCCACAAACCAGGAGACCAGCUGGAGGAAUGUCCCGACCUUUGCCAUCACCAGGAGCAAUCCCAAUAAAACCUCACCACAUACUAACAGUAAGUGAUCUGGAGGAGACCAGAAGAGCUCGACGCCACAACCCCCUCUCACAGGCAACAAGCCUACGCACUAAUAAAUCUCCUGCUCCUCUGGGACCCCCAACUGGACCAGUCACACUCCGUGCAGGAAAACCUCUUCCAAGUUCCCCACUUUUCUCAAGUGCUACUUCAGACAGCUUGAUAAAUUCUUCAUUAGGCCGCCCAUUUGGGGGCAGAAAUGCUUCCUCAGUCCGUUGCCCUGGAAAUGCAAAGACCCAUUGUGCCUCAGCUUUCAUCCCUCAGUCUCCCUGGCAGGACAGUGCAGGAACAUUUGCAUCUCCAAAUCUCUCUUUCUCUCCAUCCGUACAGAAUUUACCCCGGACUCGGUUAUCUUUUGAUCUGAGCCACUCAGAUUCUGUUGAAGUGCCGCACAAUUUCUUGGCAUCACCAGAGCCAGAAGAUGUCUCUCCUGCAAAUGGCACUUCACCUCAGAGAGAUUUGGAUGAACAGAAAGAUGACGACGAAUUUACAUUCACUUCAUAUCACAAGGAUCCUAGCAUAACUCUGGGACAGGAGAUGAGGACAGAACUGGAGAUUGAAGAGACAGUCCUGAAUGAAGUUGUGGCUAUGAAUUGUGGUGGACAAAUAGUAGUGGAAGGGGAUGAUCAAGAAGAAUUUUGGGGUCGAGCCCAAGAGGUACAGAAAAAAAAGUCCCUUGUUGCCAGUCUGCCACAUUCAGCAGCCUCAGGCAGGACUGACCUGAGCAACACCUCCUCUGAUGAAGAUAUGGAACAUUACUUUGACUUCUCUCGGACUAUUGUCAGCUGUCCUGGGUCUAAAGAGCAUUCCAAGUCUCCCACAUCUACUUCCUCCACGAACAUGGCUCAGUUGGAUGGUGUAGAUGAUGGAACAGAGAGUGAUGCAAGCAUCUCUACAACUGAUGAUCCUCAGAAAGUUGAUGGUUCCGGUAGAAAUAUUCCAACCAAGAAACUAUCUAACAAUGACAUCCCUGAAUCAGAAACAUUUACCAGAACCAAUAGAAGUCUGAAUCAGAACCUCAUAGUGCCAUCAAAUUACAAGCACAAAGAUUCCUCAUCUCUGACGAUCUUAUCUGCAGUCAGUAACCCCAUACACACAUCUCAAAAUCCUCCAGGAUCCUCAAAAGAGAUCAGUAUGGGAUUGCUCUCAUCACAGAUGUCUGUGGCCUCUCAUCAUAAAAUGGAAAAAGCUGACAGAAAUCAGGAAAACGUGCUUCCUGCCCUUGACGGGAACCCUAAUUUACUGACGAAGGUGCCUGAGAGCUCCUCUUCGGAGGAGAUUCUAAAAACUUCCUCUCUACAGUUUGCCUCUGGAAUGCCUACUACUCUGGAGACACACGACUGUAACUCCAAUUUAGGAGAGACGGUUCCUGUAUUAGAUUGCACACAACCGGAAUCCCAACAGGCUGAAGCGUCAAAACCCCUUAAUUCAGAAUCUGACAGUAGCCACUUUGUGCCAUCAGCGGUUGCCCACACUGUGUUAGGUAACCACAUAACUGUUAACUCCACGACGAAUCACGGUGACGAUGCCCACUGUGCCCUAAAAUCGACACAUGUGCAAUGUCCUCACGGACUUUCAGACUCUACUCAGAUGUGUCCCAGUUUACCAGGUUCCACACUGCCCUCGCUCACAAGCAUGCCACUACAGCCCAUAAACACAUCACAAAGCUCAACCUUUGAGCAAAAAGACCCCUUGUCUAACAAAUUAGCCACCUUAACUUCUGUCGGAGACCCGACGCAAACUGUGUUAAAUGUUGCGCCCCAAAACGAACCUUUGUUAACAGGGACAUCUGUCCAAGCAGUAACUUCUGGUUGCAUCUCGGUACCCAUGCACUCCAUGCAGGCAAAGCCUUUGGGUUCAACAGCUGUCACUAUUGUUUCUUCCUGUGCUUCAGUAUCUUCUCUACCUGGAGUUAGUGGGUUUGCUCCAGCACCAGUCCAAACCACCACAUCCGCUGUGAUUUUAAAUGGCUACAGCUCUUCAUCCAUGCAGAAGGAUGCUUCCUCUGGUCACGCAAUUUCGAUAAACUUUUCUGCACCAAGGCCUACUUUCGAACCGCAGCAGCCUAUGGUAUCCCCAGCUCUGCCUGGACAUGCCAUUCUUACUGUGAAGGAAGUUGGCGGUCCAAAUGUGGACCCCACACCUCAUGUCCUGUUGGUGAACCGUCUUGGGCAGAUUUUCGUAAAGAAUCCAGACAGCAACACAUUCCAGCUGCCAAAUCCUAACGCUCCAUCCUUUAACUGUGUCACUCAGAUUGCCAGUCUUUUGCAAAGCAAUGCACUGUCCGCCACACUAGCAGCAGCCGGAAACAUGUCUACUCCACCUCCUGGACCAAUUAUAAUGUCAACCGCUUCCACGGCAGCGACUACUGCAGAGCAGAAUGCUACCACAGUUACGCAAUUGCUUACUCACAAUAGCAAUGGGGCAUUGUCAUCAAUUAAUGUAAAAAAGCCAAGAAAGAAUCCAAAAAAGCCCAAAGAUGAAACUGCCUCAGAAAAGAAAAAACCAAAGAAAAAGAAAGAGUCCAGUGCAUCCAAAAAAUCUAAGUCCUCCAAGACAGUUGGGCAGUGUUCUUUAUCAACAAAGAGUUCAGACACAUCACCUGCGGAGAGUGCCGAAGCAAUUAUAAACCAAGCAAUGGCUAGCAACUACACGCCCAAGUGGAGCGGGCUUCGGACACUUAGCCCUUCGUCACUGGUUUUGCCCCCUGGCCUACUCAUUGAGCCUGAAGCUCCAGCACCAUGUCCCAAAACAGCACCGGCUCCUGCCUCCCGCCCUCGCACCCACGUCCGCAUGAAGAGAGUUUCUUCACUUUCUGACCGUAUAGUGACAAAGAAGUCCAAAGUGGAUUUUCUAGCUUCUGAACCUACCAGCGAGGAUGAGUGCAACCGACUGAGCGUACCAAGUGUCUCCAGCAGGGCCUCUGGAGUUCGCAUCAAGACUCCGACAGUUAAAGGAAUAUUGAACCUGGAUGAGUUAAAGGAGGAGCGCCAAAGUGACUCUGAGAGCUCUGGGUGUGAACCAUGGGACUGUAUGUCUCGGGAUGAAUAUGGCAAGCAGCAAACUUGGGAGCCAGUGGGGCACAGCACCUUUAUUGACUGGAAGAAAUACUCUGGCGCCGGUUCCGCCUCGGAUGACGACUUGCUGCUAUCUGAUGAGGACGAGGAAUGUUUGGCAAAUAAAGAUCAGCCUCACUUGCGAUUCCAGAUAAGCAGUGAUGAUGGCUUCAAUGUGGAGGCAGACACUAUUGAGGUGGCUUGGAAAGCUGUGAUAGAUGGUGUGCAAGAGGCGCGAGCAAUUGCAAAGUUGAGACCUCUGGCUUUCCAGAGGAUCACAGGCGCCCGAAUGCUCGGUCUGCUCCACGAUGCUGUGGUCUUCUUGCUGGAACAACUUCAAGGAGCGCACCGCUGCCAACAUCACACCUUCCGUUUCUUCAAGCAGUUCAACCAAGAAGAUGAUCUUCCUGUCAAUCCCACUGGUUGUGCCCGCUCAGAAUUCUACCUUAGAAAAUCCACAUUUGACAUGUUCAACUUCCUAGCGUCUCAACAUAGGCAGCUUCCUGACAUUGGGUCUUACGACGAUGAAGAAGAUGAUGUUCUUUUGAAGUCCACAAGGCGGGCAACUAGUUUGGAGUUGCCAAUGGCCAUGCGCUUUAGACAUUUGGAAAGAACAUCAAAGGAGGCUGUUGGCGUGUACAGGUCUGCAAUUCAUGGGCGUGGACUCUUCUGCAAGAGGAACAUUGAAGCAGGCGAGAUGGUCAUCGAGUAUGCUGGCAUUGUCAUUCGCUCGGUGCUCACUGAUAAACGGGAGAAGUACUACGAUGGCAAGGGUAUUGGCUGUUACAUGUUCCGCAUCGAUGAUUUUGAUGUGGUGGAUGCGACCAUGCACGGCAAUGCGGCCAGAUUCAUCAACCACUCGUGCGAGCCCAACUGCUACUCGCGAGUGAUCAAUGUAGAGGGCCGCAAGCACAUUGUCAUCUUUGCUUUGAGGAAAAUCUACAGAGGGGAGGAGCUCACCUAUGACUACAAGUUCCCCAUUGAGGACGCCAGCAACAAGCUCAACUGUAACUGCGGCGCCCGGCGCUGUCGACGUUUCCUCAACUGAGAGAUCCGUCGUCGUCUGAGACUAAGACAUUCUUGUUUACUCGAAAGCCUUUAAUUAAGGUGGCACUGGAUGGAGCUCUCAAAUGCUGAAGGCGCUCAUUGAGCGCGGAACCCAAAUUAGCCACUAUUGAGACAAGUUGACAUCAUUCUAUGUGCGUAGUUGGGAGGAGCAGAAAAGGAGGUUGUCCUACACUGAUGCGUGUUUGAAGGGUACCCCAGGCUGCCCGUGACGACGGCUCACGUUUUGAAUAUUUAUAAUAUGGCCGUGACUUCUGGUUCACAUUUCUCGGAGACACACACAUCAAGCCUUAUCCGUCAAAUUCAACGCUGAAAAGCUGCAGCUUGGCUUUGAGAGAUUCCUUAAGUUUGAGUCUUUUUCCAGAGGAGAGGCGUCGCCUUUCUAGAGUACAUUCAUUAUCACCGUUGCUCCAUCCUGUAGUGUAGGGAACGUUAUUGCCCCGUCUGUGUUGUAGUGAGCCAUAUAUUCACCCAAACCUUAUUUUAUGCUGCACAUCUCUUUUUGUGGAUGUUUUAUUGCUUCCCCCCACCCACCCCCUCCAGAUGACAACCAUGGUGCUAAGCAAUGAAGUGUAUUCUCAGGACGGGGAGGUCCUGCAGAUAAGGAUUGGUUUAGCUGGGUGUUCACCCUGCACAGAACGGAUAUUUUUUUUAAAUAAAUUCACCCGAGCAGUACUCAACAACAUUGAAAAACUCAUCUUCACUGUCCAUUUUAAGUUAAACAUUUCGGUGAAAUGAAAAGACUUCCUUGAUGUACACUAUAUGUAGCAAACACUACCCAAACCAAAAGAGUGAUGAAUCAGAGUUUUUGAAGAGUUAUUUAUUCCGCUCUACUCUUCAGCUAUUCCAACAAGACUGUCCCACAGUUGCACAUAAAUGGCCGUACAAAUUCUCAUUUUGCGAAACCCGAUACUGUUGAUCUGUAAAUCAGGGAGAACGUGAGUGUAAAUUGCCACUGAGUAUGUGCGUCCAGCUCCCGCAACAGGCUUGUCGCGUCACGACAAGCCAUCGAUAAUGGAACCUGGGGACGAUGCACUCGGCACCUAAUUUAAGAUAGUAUGGAAUUGUUGUUCUUAGUGAUGUUCAGUACUGUCUUUAAUGAGCGUAAUUGAAUUCACACUGUUUAAAAUUAGUCGUGAUAUUUAUUUGCAUUUUGAUUUUUACUUUUAAUGGUGAAAGGCUUGUUUUGUAUAAACGGUGGUGGGUGUACAGCUCCAUUUGUAGUGCCCGUUUUGUUUUGUUUACAAGUGCUGUCCUUUGUUUCACUAAUUUACUUGAAAUUUCUGUUGAGGCAAUCCAAUCAUACAUGUAUGGCUUUUUUUCAGUUUUUGAACCAGGUAUUUUUAAAGAAUAUUUUAAUUUUAUUUCUUUUAUGUUGUGGCAACGAACUGACGGUCUUAGAGAAUGCCACAGAAGUAAAGCGAGCACUGUUUGCCUCCUUAAACCCUUGUUGAUUCACCUCGCCCCACGCUCCUCUUAUUUCUGUUUUUUUCCCCCCCUCCCAAACAAUUUUGAGCAGACUGUAAUGUGUGUCAACCUUUGUGCCCAUUUUGCAUGUCCAAUCACUGGGAUGGAGCCCAGAUUGUUUAGUGUCAAUCUCACACACACACACGCACACACACACACACACA